AUGAUGCACUCCUACACCAUAGUGGGUAAUUCUCCCAGUACACUCCUAGCACUCGCGGGCUUCAGCGGUUUGACCGCGCAUGUUCUUCUCUAUCGUCGUGGAGAAUGGGAUCUCAAGGCUCCGCGCCUUGUGAUUUCAUACAUAUUUCUGUUUAUUAGUGCUACCUUCCUGGAACGGUACAAGCAAAAUGAUCUCCCACCUGCUGGGCCAAGCCAUCUAGCCGCCAAACUUAUAGGGUGCCACAUCUUGGGUAUCUACACGAGUAUGCUCUUCUACCGAGCCUUUUUACAUCGUCUAUCAAGGUUCCCUGGUCCUUUUUUGGCGAAAUUAUCGAACUUCUAUGUGACUGCUCUGUCUGCCCGCAAGCUUCACCUUUAUGAGGAGACUGAGAAGCUCCAUGAACUAUAUGGAGAUUACGUGCGGUUAGGGCCUACUGAGUUGUCUAUUACCGAUCCACGCGCAGUCAAGGCAAUUUACAGUUCUUCCGCGAAGGUCUCCAAGGGACCUUGGUACACGGUUUUGGAACCGCGGGUUUCAUUACAGAUGGUCAGAAAUAGGCAGGAGCACGCGCGGCGAAAGAAGGUCUGGGACCAAGGCUUUAGCUCCCGAGCACUCCGUGAUUACGAGCCUCGUGUCUCCCAUUACACGGAACAACUAAUCAAUGUUAUUGAAAGGGAAGUGGGAAACCAAAUCAACAUUUCCCAGUGGUUCAAUUACUACAGCUUUGAUGUUAUGGGUGAUUUGGCGUUUGGAAAAUCCUUCAACAUGCUAAUUGAUGGCAAAGACGCUUAUAUCCUGAAGCAAUUACAUGCUGAUAUGAAAGGCAUUGGGCUUUUCAGUCAUCUCACCUGGCUAUUUCCAUUCUUCAAGAAAAUCCCUGUGAUCAACGCGGAAUAUCUUAAGUUUUGGAAAUGGGUGGACGGGCGGGUGUAUGAAAGGAUUCAGAAUACUCCAGAUCGCCCAGAUGUAUUUUCAUGGAUCCUCAAGGCAUAUGAGCAGGGUCCAAAGACGAGGCAGGACAGCCUUGACCUCCACGGUGAUGCGUACCUAAUCAUCGUAGCUGGAAGUGACACUACAGCUGCGACCCUUACCAACAUAUUCUUCCAUCUCGCCUCAGACCGCACUCUAUACAAAGCGCUCCAGACAAAACUAGACGCUCUUUCGAGCCUGUCCCAUGACAAAUUGACAGGGGUGAAAUUACUUGACGCAAUAAUCAAUGAAACUCUCCGGCUCCACCCUGCUGUACCUUCGGGAACACAGCGUUUGACUCCCCCAGAGGGUAUCACUAUCGGCAACACGUACAUUCCUGGGAAUUUGAUGGUGUGCAUUCCCCAACACACUUUAUUCAGAGAUGAGCGCAUCUUUGUUCGCCCACGGGAGUUUUUGCCCGAGAGGUGGAAUACGCAACCAGAACUAGUGAAAGAUCCUACUGCAUUUAUUCCAUUCAACACUGGCCCGUAUUCGUGCGUUGGGAAACAGUUAGGUCUGAUGGAACUCCGCAGUGUGACUGCUGAAAUACUCACCCGGUAUGACGUCUCGUUCGCCCCAGAUCAAACCGCAGCUGCUUUCCUCGAUGGAAAGCAAGACACUUUCACUUUAGCCACGGCACCAUUGAAGCUGGUAUUCCAGAAGAGGGAAAAUAAGAGAAACUGA